AUGGGGACUCCAGGUCCUCUCUCUGCUCAGUGCAGCCCGACAGGAACCCAGCGCAGCAUGGCAGCCUCCAACUUUGUGCAGGAGAUACACUCCAUGGCUGAGAGGCUGCUGCUCAAGCUGCAGAGGCUGCCCCAGGCCGAGCCCGUGGAGAUCGUGGCCUUCUCAGUCCUCCUCCUUUUCACAGCCACUGUUCUGCUGAUGCUGCUGAUCGCCUGCAGCUGCUGCUGCACUCACUGCUGCUGCCCAGAGCAGAGGGGCAGGAAGGUCCAAGUGCGGCCCAUGACCCCACCAUGAGGGCCAGAGAGAUGAAUAAGGAGAAGCUGGAGGGGAGACUGCCAAAGCCAUGGCCUGGGGGUCAGCCUAGCCCUGCAGCCCUCACCCCAGCAGACAAAGAUCCACUGCCCCAGCUCUGGCCCUGCCCAGGAUCCCGGACACUGAUACCUGGAGCCUCAUCAAGGAAAUGAGGGCUGUUUUGGCCACAAAACCCUCACCUGCCAGUGAACACUGGGUGCCAAGGAGGAGUCGACUGUUUCAAAGAUUGAGUAAAGCACCAGGGAUUCUUUGCCUACCUGCACUUAACAAAACAUGGAAGCAAGGUCCCCAUACCUGGAUAGAGAACAGCCUGCACCCGUGAAGAGCUGGCCCUCGGGGCUCCCAGGCCAAAGAGGAGCAGGCCAAUCAGAGGGACUUUGUGCAAUGGUGACUGGAUCCCAAGCUCCCUGCCAGAGAAGGGCAUGUCAGUAUUCUAUUCCAGUAUUGGCCUGUCUCUUUCCCAGGAGAAGCUUUUUGGUUAUGUGUUUCUGUGGCAGAGACUCCCUGUGCUGGGCUCUGUGCUCGGGAGGGCAAUGGGCCAGAGUUCGAGGCGCAUGGCCACUGUCUGUCCUUUCCAGGUCGCUGCUCUCCCCAUGCCCACAAAAGCUGGAAAAACACGCAAGCAGGAAUGCCACACAGGAGGGAAUGCCACAGAACAGGGGAGGGGCGCAGCGAACUUCAUGUCGAGCACUAGCUGCAAACAAGCUCUGGCUCCCGGAUGCCCACUCUGCAGUGAGGAGGCAGGUGCUGGGCUUGGGAAUGCCCCUUAACAGUUUCCACUGCCAUUAACUGUAGCCUGCACACCCCACACUAGCCGGCUCAGGCCACUAGGUCUUCCCAAACUUCUGGAGUACGAGAAGAGAGGUCAGGCCCCUCGUAUUGUCCAUAACCUGCAUCCUGACCCCUUUGCCCUUUACACAUUUGUGUGCCAGACUGUCCAGGUUCAAAUCCUCGCCCUGCCACUCAUGAGCUGUGUGAACACAGGUUCCUCCUCUGUGAGACAGGGCUAAUCCUGAUAACUGCCUCUUGGGGGUAAGCUUGUGAUGAUAAACCAGGAUGACCUAUGUCCAGCACCUGGCACAGUGCUGGGCAUAUCCCAAGAGCUCCGUAGGUAUGAACCGUCGUCAUUACUUGCCCUUCUAUACAAGUGACUGACCCAGAGCAACAUGGACCCAUUUUAAGGACUGGUCCUGCUGAAAUGUAACACCACCUUGCCUCCCUCCCUUUAGUUUACUUUCUCUUCCAGAACUUUCCAGGUAGAGCUACUACCCCAGGAAUGAGGGUGGGGGGCCAAAAGGCUCCUGUGGUAUCUCCCCCUCCUUCCCUACUGGUCCCCCAGAGCCAUAAAGAGGUCUGCAUUUUUCACAUGCCUCUGUCAUCCUGGCCCGCGUAGCCCAUGCUCUGGCUGUACGGAGGCAGGGCCCCGUCUACCCAGAAAACAGGGAGUGGAGAGGGGAUGCCAGCCCCUGCCACUCCCCUCAGCUCCAGCUGGCAGGCAGGCAGGAGAAGCUUGCUCUUGGGCUGGUUUCACUUCCUGGUGUCCUCAGACCUGUCUGUCGGGUUUGGUUUGGGUUGAAGACCGAGAGAGGAAGUGCUUCCAUACAAAAUAAAAGAAAUUCAAGAAUCUGCCUCUACCCUCCACUCCACCACCACAAAAGAAUGGGAUUCAGAAUAAUAAUGAAAACAAUAAUAAUAAUGAAGAUGGUAACAAUGAUAAAUAUAGCUAUAAUUCACUGUGGGCCUAUGCAUGCUCAGGCAUUGUCUGAAGCAUUUUGAUGGCCGAUAAAUUCAUUUAAUUAUCACAACAACCUCAAUGCCACAGAUACCAUUAUUAUCCCCAUUUUAGAGAUGAGAAAAUGAGCCUUAGCGACACUAGAUAACUUGCCUAAGUUCAACCAGCUAAAAAGUGGCAGAGCCAGCCUCUGGGCCCAGCCUGCCUGGCGCCAGACCCCCUGCGUACCACACCCAGGGCCCCAGGCCUCCCAGGUGCAGUACAGAUAUGGCUCUGAUUCCAUUAUCCUCUAUCAGCCAACCCCAGAUCCCAAACACCCACACCCCAAACUCCAUCACCAAAUAACCUCCCUGGAGUGUGUGGGGCCCAAGAGGUAAGAGCUGGGGUGAGGCCCAACUAGGUCUCCCUCCCAGAAGAAAAACACAGGGAGGUGGGAGGGACCGGAUGGGAAGCCCUGCCCUUUUCAGUCCCAGCACCCGAGGAAGCCCUCAGUUCAGGAGAUGCUCCAACAGUGCAGCAGCCCAGUUCCCUGGUGACUUUUUCUUUUUUUUUUUGUGAGGAAGAUCAGCCCUGAGCUAACAUCCAUGCUAAUCCUCCUCUUUUUUUGCUGAGGAAGACCAGGUCUGAGCUAACAUCUAUUGCCAAUCCUCCUCCUCUUUUUUUGUUCUCCAAAACCCCAGUAGAUAGCUGUAUGUCAUAGUUGCACAUCCUUCUAGUUGCUGUAUGUGGGAUGCGGCCUCAGCAUGGCCGGACAAGCGGUGCGUUGGUGCGCGCCCAGGAUCCGAACCCCAGCUGCCAGUAGCAGAGCGCGCGCACUCAACCCCUAAGUCACGGGGCCGGCCCCCUGCUGACUUUUUCUUAGGCAAAUUUUCACCAGCAUCAAGAAUGUCCCUUCCUCAAGGUGGCUGAGGCUGAGCCUCUUUGCUAGAAAAGAUUCUGGCUCCCUGGUCCAGCUGCCAAAAGGUGGGGACAUGGGCAGCCCUGGACACCAACAGGCUGACUGGCCAGGUCAUUCACAUUUUCCUCCUCCAGGCCAGGCAGUAUCUAACUGCUGAGCCCAAAUAAGAUGCUGUCUCUGCCCUCAGAGGGCUUACUCCUUCCCACUCCACGGCCAAGUGGCACACACUGAGCCCCACCACCAAUGGCUGCCACCAGCUUUUGGGCCAAGUCCUGGGCUUCAAUUCCGCUCAGCUUAACAAGCCAGAUCUGCUCCAGCACAACAGCAGCUUGACAAACUCACGGCGUGGGUCUUCUCUGGGAAAGACGCGCAUGGAGAGGAGGCAGCAAUUCCCCCAUUGUGGUAAAGAAUAAACAGAGAGGUACAGCAAGACAGUGUGGCCAUCAGGCUGUCUGAGCCCCAGAGAACAUCUGGCUCACUCUGGCCGCCACAUCUCUCCAUUCCCACCAUCACGCCACCCUGGACCAAGCCACCAUCAAUGUUUGCCUGCGGUCACUGCGGCAGAGUCCCAGCCAGUCUGGGCACUGAUCCUCCCGGCCUCUUCAUGCCUCCCCGACUGUGGCCUUGGCUCCACCACAGUGGUCUCGGCUCCUCAAAAGGGUUUCACUCUACACUUAAGGUCUGGGCAUUUUACUGUCUGUACGUCAAGCCUUAUCAAAAACUAUAGGAAGGCCACUGGUGCAAGAAUCUCAUUAGCAAGACUUAGCAGAGAGCAUACAAAACAAUUUUCUCAAACAUUACCAUUUCAAAGCAAUCUACAAUAAAAAUCUUCAUGACUACAUACUUGCUUGUGGGUAAUACUAAUUCCAGACCAUAAGAAACUGAGGAUAAAUUAAUUUUGUCCUUAAAAACAGUUUCCUCACUCUCCUUGGGACCUGCUGCUUGCCAUGGAACACUGUCCCCUAAUGCCCUUACACAGUCUUCACGUCUCAACUUCCACACGUCUCAAUCCCCUUACAGCGGAAUCCCCUCAGCCCCCAGGCCAGGCUAUGCCACACGCACCAACAGCAUUCUCUACCU